CCUCUUGGCUGCACUGCAAAAAACUGGAACCGAAGCGGAAGUAAAAAACCUAAUCAGAAAUUUUACUCAACACCUCAAUAAAUUAGCCGGGGAAGGAGAAAAAAAUACCUUAUCUACCGAAAGAGAAGAAAUGAAGGGAUUAAGUUCUGGCGGUAAUCUAGUGAACUUAACUGAACGAGAUUUUAUGGAGGAGUUAGAAAAU